AUGUAUUUUACGUCUCCUUUGGUUCAUGGAAUGACUCCUCAGUUUAUACCCCUGCCUCCCCCAGCAAAACGAUUAGUGCUGUUUGUCGCUGAUGGCCUGCGAGCAGAUAAACUUUAUGAAUUAGAAGAAGAUGGAAAUUCUAGGGCACCAUUUGUUAGGAAUGUCAUAAUGAACGAAGGCAGCUGGGGCACCUCUCACACGCGUGUGCUGACCGAGUCUCGGCCCAGGCACGUGGCCAUGAUUGCAGGGUUUUAUGAAGAUGUCAGCACAGUUGCCAAAGGAUGGAAGGAAAAUCCUGUAAAAUUUGAUUCUCUUCUUAAUGAAACCAGGUACACAUGGUCCUGGGGAAGCCCAGACAUCAUGACUAUGUUUACCAAAGGUGACCUUGGAAACCAUAUUUUUGCACACACUUAA